AUGCAAGUAGCUACCCGGAAGCUACUUGCAUCGACCUCCGAUCCAGGUACCGUAGAGAUAGUACCCGGUCGCAUACAAAUGACCACCGAUUACCAUACGCCGUUUAACUUUUUCAAAAGUUGCUACCCAGUAGCUAUUUGUAUCGACUUCCCGAUCCAUCUUCGUAGCACCCGCGGGUGCUACUCGCCUGGUACCCAACGGGUGCUACUGGCCAUCUUGAAAUCCGUUCAAGUUCAGGGGAUUUACGGAAAUGCCCGAUUCACGCGCCGAACCCCCGUUUAG